CUAUCUCCGGUUGGAUUCGAACCGAGAGCAAUAUUCGUAUUUUCCUUUCGGAAUCCGUCGCAGUCGAGCGGCCGCUUUCUGCAGCAGAAAGAAGUGUACCCAGCACCAGUAGCGCGAGAGGAGAAGAGAGUAGAGUAGAACAGGAUGGCGAGCCCGCAGUGCUGCGCGAACCCGCCGACGCCGGACCCCGCCGGAGGGGAGGGGAAGGUCGUGGACAGCUUCGGCGGGAUCAAGGCGUACGUCUCCGGCGCCGCCGAGUCCAAGGCCGCCGUCAUCCUCGUCUCCGACGUCUUCGGGUUUGAAGCGCCGAACCUGAGGAAGAUAGCCGACAAAAUUGCCUUGUCUGGAUUCUUUGUCGUGGUGCCAGAUUUCUUACAUGGGGAUCCUUUAGUACCUGAAAGUACUGAGAAACCAUUUCCAGUGUGGAUAAAAGAGCAUGGCCCGGACAAAGCAUUUGAAGAGGCAAAACCAGUUAUUGCUGCUCUAAAGGAGAAAGGAGUGUCUACUGUUGGGGCUGCAGGUUAUUGCUGGGGCGCAAAGGUAGUGGCAGAGCUAGCUAAAGCUCAUGAGAUCCAGACUGCUGUGAUGUGUCACCCCUCUUUUGUUACUGUUGAUGAUAUCAAAGAGGUCAAAUGCUCAAUUGCUAUACUUGGAGCUGAAAUCGAUCGGAUGUCCCCACCAGAAGUAGUCAAGCAGUUCGAGCAGGUUCUUUCUUCUAAGUCAGGGAUCGGCCACUUCGUCAAGAUCUUCCCUGGGGUUGAGCAUGGAUGGACCGUGAGAUACAAGAAUGACGAUGCAGCUGCUGUCAAGAGCGCCGAGGAGGCCCUGGCAGACAUGAUUGACUGGUUUAAUAAGAACCUGAAGUGAACUGAAUGUCUAGAUGUAGCAGCCCUCACAUGGCAAGCUGAUUACAUUGCUCAUCAUCGCAAACAUCCUCAAUUUACGUUUUAUGCUAGUAAUGAUGGGGCCUGAAUUAUUGUUGAGUAUGCCUCUGCCCGUGCUAUUUCGUAUGCUAUGCUUGUGUUUGGAGUCCUCUAGUACAUAUGCUUUCCUGAACUCAACUUUCAGUCUUUCACUUCUGAAAUAAAAAUGGAUGUAAGCAUCUCAUUGGUUUGGUGGUCACGAAAACAUACCAUUUCGUUAA